AUGGUCAAUCCAAAAGAGCAAGUGCAAGCUAUUACUACCAGGAGUUGGGUGCAACUUCCAGAAAUACAUGUGAAGAGACUUGAGCGACAAGAAAAGGAAAUAAUGGGUGAAGAGGCCGGGAAAGAAGUAGAGUUUGAACAACCAACUGACAAGGAAAACGAAAGGAAAGAAACACCUACAGUGAGAGUACCCAGCCCCCUGAAGGCUUAUGUGCCACCAAUUCCCUUCCCUCAAAGGUUACAAAGAAAGAAGUUGGAUAAUCAGUUUGCCAAGCUUGUGGAGAUUUUCAAGAAACUGCACAUCAAUAUUCCUUUCGCAGAUGCAAUUGCCCAAAUGCCCGGCUAUGCAAAAUUCUUGAAAGAGAUCCUAUCUAACAAAAGGAAGCUAGAAGAACAUGAGACAGUAUGCUUGAACGAGGAGUGCAAUGCUAUAGUAUUGAGAAAGCUAAGUCCUAAACUAAAAGACCCAAGGAGUUUCACUAUACCUUGCACAAUUGAUUCUAAUUUCUUUGAACAUUCUUUAUGUGAUUUAGGUGUCAGUUUUAAUUUGAUGCCUCUUUCUGUUUACAGGUCUCUUCGAUUAGGAGAAGCAAAACCUACAACAAUCUCUUUGCAACUGGCUGAUAAAUCGAUCAAACGACCAAGGGGAAUUAUUGAAGAUGUGCUGGACUCAAAUAUUCCUCUGAUCUUGGGAAGACCGUUCUUGGCUACUGGAAGAGCAUUGAUUGAUGUGUAUGAUUGA